GUGGGUGCGGCUCUGUUCGAGGACAUCGAGGAAUACCAGCCUGAGGACAGGCAGAAGUUGCUCAAGGCCAAAGAGGACACGCAGGCUUUGGCGGUGCUGGUCAGUAACGCGCACACACAGUACAAACAGUUCGACGAGCUCGCGAAGCGCAGGAAGGUGGGCGCGGAGGACUCGGCGGUUGCGGUACCUGGUGGUUCGGUUGAGGCGGCUGCUCAGGAGGAGCAGAGGGUGGUCGCCCAGCAGGAGGAGGAGCCGCAAGAAAAGGAGGCAGCCGCCGCAACUACCCGUCGCAAGGCCACCCUGCAGAAGCUGAAGGACGAGUCCAAAGCCCGUCUGCGGGCCAAGGGCCCAGCAGGUUCCUCAGCGAGGCUCGCAACCACCAAGAAGGACAAGGACGGCGACGACGCCAUGGGCGAUGGCAUCUUCAGGAUGUGCGAGGCGCACGUGGCGGAGAAGGAUAAUCCGAAGGAGAGCAUGAAGGACCCGUUUCAGGGCGUUUCAGCGGUGAACGUGCACACGCGCAAUGGCAGCCUGGUACUCAUUUCGGCGCACCUCCUGCCAAAACACGGCCUGGGCGGCGCCGACUUUGACAGGGUGAAGUCCUUGACCGCUGUCGCCCAGUCGAUCACGGAUCCAUGGGCGACAUUGGCGGACUGGAACAUCCCCGACGCAAAGAUGGAGAGCAUCAAUGUCACGCAGAAGAUUGGCGGCGGGCUCCUGCGGCCUGAUGUGGAGGUCACCUGCGACAAGGGCAAGAGCAGCUUGAUAGACUAUGGCGUAGCACGGGCGCAGCCCGACGCGACGAGCAAGCGCACCCUGAAGAGGCAGGAGGCAGCCGGGAGGAAGAAGGAGAGCUUGGAGUCGCAUCUGCAUGACAUGUUCGACGAGGAGCCCACAGAGCAGGAGACUUUCUAUGUUAUCCCGUUGGUCAUGUGGCAGCAGGUUCUCAGGGACGGCACCCCGCACUUUAGCUCGACGGAGGAAAUGAAGGCGAACGGCGACUACCUCUACCACGCCAGGGAGGACCACAAGGUGCAGGAGGGCGCAGUGACGACCAUGUACGGCAAUUGGGUCUCGGCGGUGGGGUCAGCCUCGCUAGCCACGUCCAAGUUAGACGAGCACCAGCACCACCUCUACCAAGGACGGAAAAAGCAGCAGCCCUGCAAGAAGGAACUCAAGGUGGAGGUGCACCACUUAAGAGACAUGGGCUGGGACGAAGUCUUUGGCAAGAAUAUCACGAAGUCGGAGAGGGGGGAUUACUACAUGCAGCUGGACACGGCUGAGAACAGCACGGUGGACAAGCUCAAGGACCUCUUCAACACGACAGAGCGCCAAGACACCUUCGCCCAAGCGCGUGGCCUCACCGCACAACGCCAGCAGUUUACGCGAUGGGCGAAGCAGAUGUGGUCAUCGAAACCAGGCGCACUGCACAGGCAUGUAAAGGACAAGGCGGAGACGCGAUUCGAGCUGACGAUCAACUUAGAGAGGCAGGCGGCGGACCCCGACACAGACCCCGUCGACACCACGGACCAGUCGAUGGCGGACCUGGCACAGUUAUGGAAGGAGGCGCAGGAGGAGGACUUGUCUGAGUUGACGGUGGAUCAGAUUGACAUGAUCCUCAAUUCCGCGAGCGACGCGAAGGCGAUGGGGUUCGACGGCAUUGGCCCUGGG